AUGUGCAAGUCCGUCCGCAAGAGACGUCGGCAUGUGAAUCAACCGGCCACGCGCCCCACGAUUGCGUGGCCCAGCAGCUGCAACGGGCUCCAAGCGACGCGCAACUGUGACGGGGGAGGGGGGCGAAGGAUGGUCGCGAAGGAAGGAAAAAUGUGGGUAGAAGGCAAAGUGAUCAGACCUGGGGUAUGGCUGGAGAACCCUACGCGACAGUUCCUCUCGAGGCAGACGAAUUGGUUUAACCGUGUGACGUCCGACAAGGUGUCACGCUCUUCAAUUAGUUCCAACGAACCGAGGUCCAGCACGAGUUCUUCAGGCCGGAAGCACAAGAUCUCGCACCCAACGGACCCUCAGCCAAAUCCUUGUAGGCCCGCUGAAGAUGAGCGCGCCUCUAGCUCGAGGAGCCAGGCUGCCAAGCACCGGCGCGUCAGCCCGAUGAGCCCACGCGCGAGCACGAUGGACGACCCGCACGCGUCGAGCAACGUGUAA